AUGACAGCUGUCGCCGCCCCUAUUCCUCCUCCCUUCUUCUCGCCUUAUCUAGACGAUCAGUCGAACAAAAUCAACUCAAAACCUGUACCAUGGGAGGGCUAUCAACGAGCUAAAUUACUCUCCGCCGAUGAAUUAUCAUUAUUAAAAUCAAUCAACAAGCUUCCUCAAGGACAAAGAUCAACUGUGUUCGCUACGCAAGGUCCACAAUAUGCUAAAUUAUAUAUCGAUCUUUUGAGGAAACUUCAAAGAGUAGAUACAGUGCAGGCAGUACUGGUCUCCAUAAGCGAUAUGCUCUCAGAUUCAUCCACCAUACAUCUAUACCAUGAUUUGAAUUCUCCUGUGAAUCCGGAAGAUCCUUAUGGUCCUUUGUUGAAAUGUCUAUCUAUGGAAGAAGAAUUCGCUGUUCUAGGUUCUCUGAGGAUACUAGCUUUGCUGAUUGCGACCGAUCCAAAACCUUUUCCCCAAACGCUUAUUCCUACGCUUCUCGUUUCACUUCAAGGGCUGUUGAAUGGAAGCAGAUUACCUUUAUGGGAAGUCGCUGCCCAAGUCCUUGGCGCUGUAUUGGGUAGGAAACAAUUCAGACAAGCCGUGUGGCAAGAAGAGAAUUGCAUUUCUGGUCUCAUCAAGUCGCUCAAAUCUAAUCCUAAUCCUCAAGCACAAUAUUGGGCAAUAUGCUGUCUUUGGCAAUUGUCAUUCGAACAAGUAGCUGCGGAAGGAUUGGAUAAGAAAUAUGACAUAGUAGCUGUAUUGACUAAUGUCGCAAAGGCAGCUGUAAAAGAAAAGGUAACGAGAGUUGUGGUUGCAACUUUACGAAACCUUCUCGCUAUCGCACCCUCGCACAAUCUACCAUCAAUGUUCACAUCCAAGCUUUUACCUUUCGUGGUAUCUCUACAAUCGCGAAAAUGGUCCGACGAAGAGAUUGUAGAAGAUCUCGAGUAUCUCAACGGGGAACUCAAAACUCGCUUCGAAGGUUUAAGCACAUAUGACGAAUACAUCUCAGAGCUUGAGUCUGGCCAUUUAGUCUGGUCACCAGCUCAUGAGACCGAAGAUUUCUGGAAGGAGAACGGUAUGCGAAUUGGUCAAGAAUCAGAUGGAAAAGCUAUCAGACGACUGGUGGAACUCGUAACUACCUCCAAAGACCCAUUGGUGCUUGCUGUCGCAGUGCACGAUAUAGGCCAAUUCGUCAAAUGGGGUGGUGAUAAAUCCAAGAGAACCAUCGAUAACUUCAACGGCAAGACCAAAGUGAUGGAACUUAUGGGACACGAAAAUGCCGAUGUCAGAUAUCAAGCCUUGAUGACCGUACAAAGAUUGAUGUCCCAGCACUGGACAAAGUAA